AUGCCGGGCAUAGACCCUAGAGUUAUGUCACACCAUCUGGCCGUCAAGUCGGAAGCACGUCCGGUAGCCCAACGAAGGAGAAAGAUGUCACGGGAGAGAACAGAAGAGGUGGCCAGGCAGACGGCCAGCCUCCUAGAAGCAGGCUUCAUACGAGAAAUCGAUUACUCGACAUGGCUCUCGAAUGUAGUUCUAGUAAAAAAGCAUAGCAGGAAAUGGAGAAUGUGCGUAGAUUACUCCGACCUUAACAAGGCAUGCCCUAAAGAUUGUUUCCCCCUCCCUAACUUAGACGCACUCGUCGAUGCUGCAACGGGUUACCGUUACCUGAGCUUCAUGGACGCCUACUCCGGCUACAACCAGAUACCGAUGCACCGUCCAGACGAGGAAAAGACAGCGUUCAUAAUGCCGGGGGGAACCUUCCGUUAUAAGGUUAUGCCAUUCGGCCUAAAAAACGCAGGGGCAACAUACCAAAGACUGAUGAACAAGAUAUUCCAUGACCUCAUAGGCAAGACAGUGGAGGUCUAUGUAGACGACAUCCUCGCGAAAACAACGCGACCCGACGACCUCCUCGAUGACCUGGCAAAAGUGUUCGCGUCUCUCCGACAACAUGGCAUGAGGCUCAAUCCCCUCAAAUGCUAUAUCAAGGACGUCCAGAGGUUGGCAGGGCGGCUGACCUCGUUGUCACGAUUUCUCGGGGCGUCGGCAACAAAGGCACUACCCUUCUUUAACCUCAUGAAGAAAGGGAUAGCGUUCGAAUGGACGCCCGCAUGCGAGGAAGCCUUUCGGCACUUCAAGGAAAUCCUGGCGGCACCCCCUGUGCUCGGGAAGCCAAAGGACGGGGAACCAUUAUAUCUAUACCUCGCCAUAACAGGAGAAGCCCUGGCCGCAGUUCUAGUGCGAGAAGAAGGGAGGACUCAACAACCAGUCUAUUUCGUGAGCAGAGCCCUGCAAGGGGCAGAAUUAAGGUACAGCAAACUGGAAAAGCUAGCUCUGGCACUCUUGACCUCUUCACGGAGGUUAAAGCAAUACUUCCAAGGUCACCAGGUUGUUGUAAGAAUGGACCAGGGAAUCCGACAAGUACUUCAGAAACCCGAUCUGGCGGGAAGGAUGAUGACUUGGUCCAUUGAACUUUCCCAAUAUGACAUACGAUACGAACCCCGGCAAGCCAUCAAGGCGCAGGCAAUGGCAGAUUUUCUAGUAGAAGUAACGGGAGACCCAACCGAAGAAACGAGCACACGGUGGAAGCUCCACGUGGACGGAGCCUCCAACCAGACGUCCGGAGGUGCCGGGAUCAUCCCGGAAAGCCCGGUUGGAGUCGUAUACGAGCAGUCGAUCAGGUUCGAAUUCCCCGUUUCGAACAACCAGGCAGAAUGCGAAGCCCUCAUAGGGGGCCUAACCCUAGCAGCGGAAGUCGGAGCAAGAAGGCUGGAAGUAUGCAGCGAUUCGCAGGUCGUCACCUCCCAGGUAAACGGGAGCUAUCAAGCCAGAGACUCAUUAUUACAAAAGUACUUGGAAAAAGUCAAGGAUUUGAGCCAAAAGUUUGAGGAGGUCACGGUCCACCACGUGCCCAGAGAAAGGAACACACGGGCAGAUCUCUUAUCAAAGCUGGCCAGCACUAAACCGGGAGAAGGCAACCGAUCUCUCAUCCAAGGUAUGACGAGGGAGCCGGCGGUCACCCUGCAUCUAUCAAAGCUGGGUUCUUCAUGGCUAGACCCCAUCACCAGCUUCUUAGAAAAUGGCAAACUCCCCGACGACGAAAAGGGUGCCGCGAAACUGAGAAGGGAAGCAGCCAAAUACGCCGUCAUUCAGGGACAGCUAUUCAAGAAAGGGCUCAACCAGCCCCUACUGAAAUGCUUACAUCCCGACCAGACGGACUACGUCCUCAGGGAAGUCCAUGAAGGCUGCUGCGGACACCACAUAGGGGGCAAAGCCUUAGCAAGGAAGUUAAUCCGACCUGGAUACUAUUGGCCGUCGAUGAUGGCAGACUCUAAAGAAUUCGUCAGAAAAUGUGUCAAGUGUCAAGAGAACGCCAAUUUCCACAAGGCACCGGCCUCCGAGUUAAGCCUGUUAACGUCCUCCCGACCAUUCUCGCAAUGGGGAGUCGAUCUCUUGGGGCCCUUCCCAGUAAUAACGCGAUUCGGGAUUCCAGAGGUCGUUAUCUCGGACAACGGCACACAGUUUACCGACAAGAAGUUCACGGAAUUCCUCACCGGCCUGGGUAUAAGACAGAAGUUCUCCUCGGUAGAGCACCCCCAAACAAACGGACAGGUGGAGUCCGCGAACAAGAUUAUCCUGUUAGGGCUCAAGAAGCGAUUGGAUAAUAAAAAAGGUGCUUGGGCCGACGAGCUAGCCUCGGUCCUCUGGUCUUACCGAACAACUGAACAGUCCUCCACCAAGGAGACUCCUUUCCGACUGACAUACGGGUUAGAUGCGGUAAUACUCGUGGAAAUCGGGGAACCGAGCCCCCGGCUACUUUUGAAAGGAGUGGAGGAAGCUGUGGAGAAGGACCUAAUAGAUGAAGCCAGAGAAAUGGCCCAUUUGACGGAGAUGGCGCUAAAACAAAGAAUGGCCCUGUGCUACAACACCAAAGUGCUCAAAAGGGAGUUUGAACCAAACGAUCUCGUCCUAAGGCGCAACGACAUCGGCCCACUGACCCUUGGGGCAGGCAAGCUGGCGGCAAACUGGGAAGGCCCCUAUAGAAUCAAAAAAGUGAUGGGUAAAGGUGCUUUCAAGUUAGAAAGGCUCGACGGCAAGGAAGUCCCAAGAACAUGGAACGCGAACAACUUGAGAAGAUUCUACUCCUAG